AUGUUCCCUAAUGGUGCAGGAAAGGGUCUCGGCUCUGCCACUGGUGCUCUUAUCGUCUUGGGCGCAUUGGGUUACGGUGUAAACGCUUCCCUCUUCAACGUUGAUGGUGGUCACAGAGCUAUCAAGUACACCCGUCUAUUUGGUGUCCAGAACACAGUCUACAACGAAGGUACUCACUUCGUUGUGCCCUGGUUCGAAACCCCCAUUAUCUACGACGUUCGUGCCAAGCCCCGCAACGUUGCCUCCUUGACAGGCACCAAGGAUCUUCAAAUGGUCAACAUCACUUGCCGUGUGCUUUCCAAGCCCCGUGUUGAUGACCUUGCCACUGUCUACAGAACCCUUGGUCAGGACUAUGACGAGCGUAUCUUGCCUUCGAUUGUUAACGAAGUCCUCAAGUCCGUCGUUGCUCAGUUCACUGCCUCGCAGCUGAUCACCCAGCGUGAGCGUGUUUCCCGCCUUGUGCGCGAGAACCUCGUCCGCCGUGCCCUGCGCUUCAACAUCAUCCUCGACGAUGUUUCGAUCACCCACGUCGGUUUCUCUCCCGUUUUCGAGAGCGCCGUCGAGGCCAAGCAGAUUGCUCAGCAGGAUGCUCAGCGUGCUGCCUUUAUUGUCGACAAGGCUCGUCAGGAGAAGCAGUCAGUCAUUGUCCGCGCCCAGGGUGAGGCCAAGUCCGCCGAACUCAUCAGUGAUGCCAUCAAGAACAAGCCCGGGUUCCUUGAGCUCAAGCGUAUCGAAGCCGCACGCGAGAUUGCUACCGUCAUCUCUCGCUCCGGAAACAGAGUCAUGCUCGAUUCCGACACUCUUUUGCUUAACGUCAAUGCCCACAGCGACUCCAACUCCACUGCUUCCCAGGCAUAA